AGUUUCAGUUGGGUACAAGAAACCAACUGUGAGAUUGGAAGACAAGAAAUUCUUCUGAGUUGUACUUGAAGCCGCCAAAAUGGUUCUAGCAGAUCUUGGAAGAAAAAUAACUUCAGCGCUACGCUCACUGAGCAAUGCUACAAUUAUCAAUGAAGAGGUUUUAAAUGCUAUGUUAAAAGAAGUAUGUACAGCAUUACUGGAAGCUGAUGUUAAUAUUAAACUUGUGAAGCAACUCAGAGAAAAUGUCAAGUCUGCAAUUGAUCUUGAAGAAAUGGCAUCUGGCCUUAACAAAAGAAAAAUGAUUCAGCAUGCUGUCUUUAAGGAACUUGUUAAGCUUGUAGAUCCUGGAGUCAAAGCAUGGACACCUACCAAAGGAAAACAGAAUAUUAUAAUGUUUGUUGGUUUGCAAGGAAGUGGUAAAACAACGACCUGUUCAAAGUUAGCAUACUUCUAUCAGAGGAAAGGUUGGAAGACGUGUUUAAUAUGCGCAGACACAUACAGAGCAGGUGCUUUUGACCAGUUAAAGCAGAAUGCCACAAAAGCAAGAAUUCCCUUUUACGGGAGUUAUACAGAAAUGGAUCCUGUAAUUAUUGCCUCAGAAGGUGUUGAGAAGUUUAAGAAUGAAAACUUUGAAAUAAUCAUUGUUGAUACAAGUGGACGUCACAAACAGGAAGACUCUUUGUUUGAAGAAAUGUUACAAGUUGCUAAUGCCAUACAACCAGAUAACAUUGUUUAUGUGAUGGAUGCUUCCAUUGGCCAAGCUUGUGAAGCUCAAGCUAAAGCUUUCAAAGAUAAAGUAGAUGUAGCUUCUGUUAUUGUUACUAAGCUUGAUGGACAUGCAAAAGGAGGUGGAGCUCUUAGUGCAGUUGCUGCCACAAAGAGUCCUAUUAUUUUUAUUGGAACUGGCGAACACAUAGAUGACUUUGAACCCUUUAAAACACAGCCUUUCAUCAGCAAACUUCUCGGUAUGGGUGAUAUUGAAGGAUUGAUAGAUAAAGUAAAUGAGUUAAAGUUGGAUGAUAAUGAAGCACUCAUAGAAAAGCUCAAACAUGGUCAAUUUACGUUAAGAGAUAUGUAUGAACAAUUCCAAAACAUCAUGAAAAUGGGACCAUUCAGUCAGAUCUUGGGUAUGAUCCCUGGUUUUGGAACUGACUUCAUGAGUAAAGGCAAUGAACAGGAAUCAAUGGCAAGGCUAAAGAAACUGAUGACUAUAAUGGACAGUAUGAAUGACCAAGAACUUGACAGUACAGAUGGUGCCAAAGUUUUCAGUAAGCAGCCAGGAAGAAUCCAAAGAGUAGCAAGAGGUUCAGGUGUUUCUACCAGAGAUGUUCAGGAGCUUUUGACCCAAUACACUAAGUUUGCACAGAUGGUGAAAAAGAUGGGAGGCAUCAAAGGGCUUUUCAAAGGUGGUGAUAUGUCAAAGAAUGUAAACCCAUCUCAGCUGGCCAAACUGAAUCAGCAGAUGGCAAAGAUGAUGGAUCCAAGAGUUCUUCAUCAUAUGGUGUGUGAUUUCCUUGGGGAAAAGAUUGCAUCUGUUCUGGGGAUAAGCACACCAAAAUACCAAUAUGCCAUUGAUGAGUAUUACAGAAUGAAGAGAGAGGAGGAAGAGGAGGAACAGGAAAACAAGAUGUCAGAAGAAGCAGAAAGACAGCAUCGGGAACAGCAGAACAAGCCACAAGCUGAAGCUCCUGUCCAGACAGACCAGCCUGAAGCAACAGCAUGCACUUCAUUCGUGAAUGUAAACUUUGAAAAUGAGGGAGAUUGCCAGUCCACUGGGGAAAAUAAACAAGAUGUAGUUCCCGUCCCUCCUUAAGUGUAAAGCUCUGUGUAAUGUAGGAAAUAGGAAGUGUCAGGUGUCACAAUCUGGCUAUAAGAAGCAGGAAAAAUAGGAUUAUACUUGUUCAGUGAAAUACAACUUCUAGAAUUCUUAUUGAUCAGGAGAGAGCUAGGCACUGUCUGUUCAGUCUGUCUGCCUAAUAAAGGCUGAGGCAUUCUGCCAAAUUGGCCCUUCAGUUAAAAUGAAAAUUGCACUACAAACAUUGGUCUAAAAUGGAAUGUGUGAGCUAAUUUCUGUGUAAAGCAAGUAAAAAUGUCUUUUCUUUGAAUUGCUGUGUCUCUAACACCUGUGGAUUACAGAUGCAGUGCUGUUUCCUACUUCUAAAUGCCUAUUUCUGAUUUGCACAUUGUUUGCAACUCAGCUCUCUAUGAAUAGAUUAAUAGGAAUCAAUAUCCUGUAACUCACAAGUCAUUAUAAUAGCGUCUGAUUUCCCCUAUUUAUUGUCACUGUUGUAUGCAUGGGGUUUUUUUCUGUUGUUGUUUAAAAC